AUGGAGGAGCGCAGAAAGGAUCACUGGCAAAUGCUGACGCUCCACCUUGUCACUAUCACCCUGCUGGCCUACUGCUACGCCUACCACCAGACUCGAGUUGGUAGUGUAAUCCUUGUCUUGCUGGAUGUCAUCGACCUUUUCCUGCCGCUCGCAAAGUGUCUCAAAUACCUCGGUUUUGGCGUUAUCUGCGACGUAAUAUUUGGCGGAUUUAUUGUCUCCUGGGUCAUCGCACGCCAUGGUCUCUACAAUUUUACAUGCUGGCGCAUCUAUGUUCGACUUACCUCGUAUUCUGAAAGCAGCAUGCUACUGCGUUUCGGCCGACAACCUUCAAGGACCAUUUACCGUGCCCACGAGUGGCUGGUCGCAUCUCCUAGAGCCGUUCCGUGA